AUGACAGUCGCGAUUAAUACAAAGGUCUUAAAUAAUUCUCAAAACCAGUUACAAUUAAUUCACGAUAAAUAUGAUGAUAAUUCUUUGUGGUCAAAAAUAAGAAAAGGUCCUUUGGGUUUUAGUUUAUAUGCAGCGCUUCAAUAUCCAAAAGUAUUCUUAAAUAGAUUUUUUUUUGAUAACACACUUAAUCCAACUUGGACGAUUUAUCAAGAAUCAUUUAUAAAUGUACUGAAAUGGACACUUGACGCUCCUUUGACUACAAUCAGAUCAAAUUUCAUAUUUCUUGAAUAUAUAAUGAAACGCUUUGGAUGUUCUGAACCAUAUACGCUAUUAGAUGAUGACGAAGACAUUAAAGGAUAUUGGUUAGGUCCUGAACUUUGGAAAGGCCGUCACCCAGAAGCUGUUAUUUUAUACGUUCAUGGUGGACAUGUAGCGAUGUCAUCAUUUUUUGGAAUAAGAUUUUUAUGCUAUUUAAUUAAACAAUUACGUACUCAACAUGAUAUACAUAUUAGAGUGUUGUCAGUUGAUUAUAAUUUGGCACCAGAAGAACCAUUUCCAAGUGGUAUCAAUUGCAUUAAAAGAGCUUAUAAAUGGUUAACUGAGGAAGUUGGUACUCCAAAAAAUCAAAAAGUAUUUUUAUGUGGGGAUUCAUCUGGUGCAAGUAUGAUCUUGGGAUUAUUGCAAUCAAUUUAUUCGGAAGAUGGACCAGAAAAUCUAAAUAAUAAUAAUAAUCCAAACGACAACAUCUUAUACAACGACGAAAAUAGUAAUGAUAUCGGAAACGAUAAUAGUAAUGGUUCAUCACAAGGAUUUUCUUCUUCAUUUAAAAAAAAACAUCCAUUAGCUGGAGUAAUACUAAUUUCACCGUGGGUGGAAUUAGCAUGUGACAAAUUAUCACGUCUUACAAAUUCAAAAUACGAUUAUUUACCAAGUCAAUUUACAAGUGUAUCAGCCGAAAACUAUUUAUUUGGCAACGUUGGUAAUCCAAAUCGAUUUCAAGACUCGUAUCGACCAAAGGUCAACGAGCCAUUGAUAUUAUCAUGGUUGGAAAAAGUCGAAGAUUCAUUUGAUUCUGUUGGAAUCGAUGAUCCUAAUUAUUAUAAUUUAUUAUCACCAUCAUCCAGAAUAUCUAAAAGAUAUAGUAUAGAAAGUAGAAGUACCAAUAAUCGAUUUUCAAUGCAUUCGCAACGAAACUCUAAAAGUUCUUUCAAAAAUGUUGGAAGUUCCUUCCGAAAUUCAAAAAUUAGAAUUGAUUCCUCCUCGUCGUUUAUGGUUAAUAGUUAUUUAAAUAAUAACAAUGGAAAAGAAACAACUAAAAAUCACAUAUAUAGUAGUACCAAUAAUACUAACGAGGAGUUUAACGAAUUAGAUACAACAACUAGACAAUCAAGUACGCAUCACAAAAUAACAUUACAUCAAAUAAUUGAAAAAAAUAAAGUAGAAUUUUCAAGAAAAAGAAUAACAAAUGAUAUAUACGUAAAUCCAAUGGUGUCGCCUCUAUAUAUUAAAAAGAGAAUUUUGGCAAAAUUCCCACCUUUGUUUAUUUCUUAUGGUGGAAAGGAAAUUUUUAAAGAUGAUAUUGAAAUGUUUUGUAAAAAAUGCAUUGAAUCAAAGAAUUAUUUUGGAGGUAAUGUUCCAAAUCAUGAUAAAAACAGUCAUCCUGACGUGACUAUUGAAAUUGAUCCUGAAAUGGUUCACGCAUAUCCAAUAUUUGUUGAUGCAUUUGGUAAACAUUCAAAAAAUACAUUGAAUCGCAUCGCAAGUUUCAUAUCUUCAAAAGUUUAUCCUUCUCGUUUAUCAACAAGCCUAUCAUUUCAUCAUAAUAAUAUUAGAAGAA